UUUUUGUCAACUGCGAAUCCUCAUUUCUCUCCUUGCCAUCAACAACACAAGUCAUGUCAAACUCACCUACAGCCGAGCCAAUACCGCCAGCACCGCCUGCUGCUCAACAGCCGGUAGAGGCUCACGAAAUCCCCGUUCCAGAUGCCCCGUCCACGACCAUUCCUACAGCGCCACUUGACAAUCCCGAGGCGCAGACUCAGGCUCCCACUGCGUCGAUAGACCCUAACAAGCCAUCGAAGGAAUCUGCCCCUACUGCUUUGCCUACCAACCCUGCUACCCACCCGGAGGAGCAGAAAGAAGCCAUCAAAGAAGAGCAUCCUCAGGUCAUUAAGAGGGAAGUCGAAAAGACCAAAGCUGAAGAGAGGGAUUUGAAGGGCGAGAAGCCGCAGGGAACGGUAGUGGCUGGUCUCGAAGAUGACCGUCUUUGGGCCAUGCUUCGACGGUUCGAUGUACAAAUUACCCAUGUCCUGCACCCUGCUCGUAACCUUCCCGCUGCGGAGCCUGACCUUCGUCCCUCUACACUUCCGAACCUCCCCUCCCACACAGAUGUGCUCCGUUCCAACCUCGAGCGUUGUAUUGCCGCCGUAGGCCCUUCGUCUCUACGAGGGGCACGCGAGCUUCAGCGCCUCAUGUCUUGGUCUCCCGAAGAGCGUUGGAGAACUGGGACGUAUUGUGUGGUGUACUUCACUGCUUGGAUUUUUGGCUACGCUGUUGCCGCAAUUAUGAUUUUCUUAUCCAUCUUGGUCUGUUUCCCUCGCACGAGGCGAUUCCUAUUCCCACCGGUGCCUCCUGCACCAUUCACGCCGCCUAGUGCUACCGACCCCACCAACCAGAAGGGAGACGAAAGUCUCUUGGGAAACAUCGAUGGAAAGACAGUACAUAGGACCAAGGCAGAACAGGCUGAGGAACAGGCUUUUGAAGCUACCUCGAUUUUGAAGGCUUUCACCACCAGAUUGCUCUUUGAUGGCAAGAAGAAGGGUAAAGAGGCUGGGAACUCCAACGUCGGUGAGAAAGAGGAGGAACCCGAGUCAUCAUCUUCGGAGGACGAAGCUGCCGUCGAGACUGCCCCCGUUGACGGCAAACCCCAAGGCCUCGAAUCUGCCGAUAUUGUUAUAGGUGGUGAGAAAAUCACGCCCGCUGAGCCCUUGAAUGAUAAGGAGAAGAAGAAGUUGGCUCAAAGGGAAGCGAAGAGGAAAAGGGAUGAGAUGGUUUCAAAAAUGACCAAGCUGUCAGAGGAUGGUUUGGGAACCGUUGCGGAUUCUAUCGAGCGAUUCGCCAAUGCUCUUUCCCCUCCAGGCCCUUACCCCGACAAUUUCGCCAGGUUCAAGAUUGCUGGCGCCUUCCUCAUUCCUCCUGCUUUUCUUCUUACUUUUGUCCCCGCCUGGGUUUUUGGCCGAUUGGCGACAUUGGGUUUUGGUGUCGGCAUGUGGGGUCAGCCCUUGAUCAUCAAGGGAAUUAACAAAUUCGUCGAAGUCGUUCCCAAUUGGCAAGAACUGUUGGACAUGCGCAACUCGAUUCUGUCUCGCGUCCCUACCGAUACUCAGUUGACCUUGCACUUGCUGAGGGUCACAGAAGCGUUGGGCAAGCCCUUGCCUCGACCUCCUCCUCCCCCUCUUUCAGGUACUCCCAAAGAAGCAAUUAAAGACACUACACCCGCUGCGGUCACAGCGGAUGACGACGCCGAAGUCUUGGAAGCCGCACAAGAAGGUGCUACCGCAGAGGUAGCUGCCAAGACCAAGCACAAGACUAAGUCGCACAUUACAGGUGUCUUUAAGAGUGCCGGAAAACACAUGGCGGGAUUUAGAGGAGACGUCAAGGUCGAUGGGGCAAGGAAACAGAUUGGAGAUAAGGUGGAUAAAGUCCUGUUCCGAGGUAAUAUUAAGGAUGAUGGUAACAUUGAUUCCUACCCCGCAAAACUCAACGGUACCUCUGGUCACAUUAUUAUUGACAGUAGAGAAGAGGGCAUCUCCAUGCCUACAAUCAGUUUUGUUCCCGUUUCCGGUACAAAAGCGCAUUUUGUACGACCUGUCGAUGACAUCGUCGAAAUUAAAAAGAGCCACGUUUCUAUGCCUCGUAUGGCGCUUGGCUGGGCUUCCGGCGCGGAUGUAGAAGGAUUGGGCUUGACCAUUCGCUUCAAAUCAGGAGUGCAACAGGCGAAAGAAUUUGCCGCCGGUCCUGAUGCUCCGAAGGAUGAUGGAGAGACGAUGCAUUUCCGAAGAGUUGGCAGGCGAGAGGGGUUAUUUACGAGGUUGAUCAGUAUCGGCAGACAGAGGUGGGAGGUUUUGUAAGAUGGCGUUGACCUUGGAGAAGACAAUGGGUGCCAAGAAUAACUGUCUACUGCAUAAAUACAGUAGCUAUUAGUGAUUGGUUUUUGAACAUGUAGCCCUAUAUGUGACU